AUGCAGCGGCCCUACGCUGCGCGUGCGGGACUGAAGCAGCUCCUUGGAGGGCCGCGUGCGCUGCUUACUUGUGUAUUCUUCCUGCUAAUACUGCCGCUCGAGGUGACCCCCUUCAGAUAUGCCAGCCCCAGGGUAAUAGGGACAGGAGAAAGUAGUAAGUCCUCACUAGGAUUUUUGGGAGCUGAGCGACGACGACACGCGGCUGCCACCGCUGGGGAGUACUGGACAAGGCCCGAAAGAGCCUCGGGGCAAAUAGAACCUCGACGUACCAGAAGUGUCGGGGCUUUCCACAGCACCUCCCUGCCCAUCACUGUCUCACCGUCAGCGGUCCGUCUGCGUGGUUCUGGCAAUGUGGCUGAGGAAGGAGACGUGCAGAACUCUCGAGAAUCUGGCCCACCUUCACCGUGUGCUGAGGAGGAGCCGUUUCUACAUGCACUGCUGACGCAGGUCUUGGGCCUGCACCUGCGCAUGCAAGAUUUACUGCAAUCUCAGCAGCAGCAGCAGCGACAGCAGCUGCAGGAACAGGGACCGGUGGCUGGCGGUUCCCCUGUAGCGCCUUCUUUGCACCUCUACAAGAAGAAGGACGGUUCCUGUGUGGCGGCAGCAGACAUAGUGGCCCAGGUGGUGAUAUUGGGGGUACUCAGCAACCGUUUUCCUGGAGACAUAUUUAUAGCAGAAGAAACAGCUGACCUUUUCUCUUCCUUACUUCCUCGCAGAGGACCCUAUCGUGACGACUUUGCAGGUGUUGUGGAGGCCCAGAGCGAGGAAGGGGACCGUCGCUUCAGGGAGGCAGCAGCAGGAGCCGCACAGCAGCUAUUUAGGGAGUUGGGAAUCGCAGAGAAGCCUUUAUCACACACGGUAGAUGAGGCUUUAUUGGCGGGGCCCUCUGCCGCACAUACGUCCGAUGUGGGGCCCCGAGGUGUUCCCAUUGAGACUAAGGUCCUUGACGCGAAGGAGAGCCCUUUUCAUCUCCUGCGAGAGGUGGUUUGGCUCCUCUCAGAAGGCGCUCCCCAGCACUUAAUAUCUUUGCUGGAGAACGGACUUAGGGAGCGCUCCGAAGCAGCAGCAAAUGCAUCGACUACAGCAGCUGCAGCAGGAAUUGCUGGGCCAGGGGUGAAUAGACGCCAUGAGGAUACUACAGAUACAAAUGGCUGCGAGGGACUUCCAGGGCCCUUUACAGUUCUCUUUCUUAGGGGAUUACAUCGACUGCUGCGACGCCCAGAGGCGUAUGUAGCGCGGGAAGCAGGAGAUGCCUCACCGUCCGCGAGAGCGUCCUCACAAGUACUCCCUGCAGCAAUAGGAGGCACUACAAGCUCCCAGGGAUUGCGCUGUUGGCUGGUUGACCCAAUAGAUGGGACUCGAGGUUUCUUUGCGGAACAGAGCGGCUUCUGCUUCUCAACUGCUGUGGCCCUACUGGUGCGCCGUGAGCAGCUGCAGCAGCAGCAGCACCAGCAGCACGAACCUUCCGCACAGGGAACACAGGGUACGCCCAGACGAUCCGAGAAGCAUAACACAGAACAAGAGCAACAGCAACAGCUGCAGCAGCCUGAAGUAGUGUUAGCUUCCAUUUGUUGCCCGUCGUACGAUCUGUGGAACUGCAGCGGAAGCAAUGGCCUUUUACCUUUUUGCACACCGCAUGCCUCGAGAGGCCCCCUUCACCGCCCGGGAAAAGGCAAUACGGGGCCUGCAGAGCUCAGCGAUGCGGGUCUUGGAGCUGCUGAUGCUACUGCUGGGGCUCUUGCUGAGUACCAGAGCCCUGGUGACUCCCUGAGCACCGUUGAGCGGGUCCCCCCGAAGUUGUCCUUGGGCACUGACGGCUGCGGGGAUCCUAGCAAGAAGGUUUCCCAAGCAGUUCUCUGCUCGGAACAUCUGCGGGGUUGUGUACUGACAAAGGCAGAGGGACUCCCCGCAAGGCUUACUGUAAGAGAUGUGCGAAACGGAGCAUUCCUGCACCUAAGCCAGCUGAAACAGCAGCAGCAACAGCCUGAGGCGGGUGCGUUUCAUCUAGUACGGGAUGACAAUAUAACAGAGUGGCCGUGGUGUAAGGACCCUCGCCAUGCCAGAGAGGUGCCUCCUAGCUCAGUAAAGGACUCGAGAAGCACAGGAGGCACACCGGCAGCAGCGGCAAGUGCCUACACCAACCCCUUUCGGUGGACUGCUUCUACACCAAACUAUCGGCAGACGCACCCACUGCUACAGCAACAUCUGUCUGCUCUGUCUGAGCCUUCAGGCGGCCCCUCGGCUGGGUCAUUCUUAAGGCAAGACCAGCCAACUUCUGCAGACACUCCUGGGCCUUUGCAGGUGCGUUCCACUUCGCCGCACAGCAAAGGCUCGCGAUCUCCUAUUGGUCUAACCCCCAAACUGGGCUCCCCUAAUUUGAACUUGGCUCCACAAACGGAGGCUACCACACUGGGGACCUCCAGAGAAGGUCCUCUUUGGAACACCCCGUUUUCAGGGCAGCAGUUUCUCGCCCUGAGGUUUGGGCACAUCGUUAAGUACCUCGCAGUUGCAUUAGGCCACGCUGAUGCAUUUUUGCUGCUACCUACUCACCACGCAAGUGAUGCUCUCAAUAGUGCCCCGAGCGGUGUUGGGAAACAGUCUAGCAGCCCGUGCAAUACUCAUCGUGCAUCGCUGGAGCAAGCGGAGUUCCAAGCUCUAACAAAGGCGGAAGCAGAGAGUACAUCUGUUAAGGGGUCUCUGGAGCAAACAAUGGCACACGGCGACGAAACGGCCCCAGCGAGACCUCUGUUAAUGGUUUGGGACCACGCAGCUGGUGCUGCAAUUGUGGAGAUGCUGGGUGGGGUGGUCUUAGAUUCAGGCUGGCGGCGCGUGCAGAGUUACUGCUACCUGCCCUCGGAUUCUGCGCCAACUGACGUUCCCUCCGCUGCCAGCCCAGUAGAACUGCAGGCCCCUGUGCAUGCGACAGGGACGCUCCACUUGGAGGCACCCCCAAGCUCAACCUUUAAGGCCCCAUCUCUGGCUUCUAGUCAGUCGUCACCUCCCCCAGUGGCAUUCACGUUAAGAGGGGAAGCUCUCGUGGCUGCCCGCAGUGCAGAAGCGGCGGCUAGAGCGCUUGGUGCCUUAAGUGCCCUUAAAGCCUGA